AUGUCGGAGGGUUUGGAAUACGAAACUAUUGUGCAGAAUGGACCUAGAAAAGUAACCAUGACCACCGGCCUAGACCGGGAAACGAUUAGGGCGGCUUACGAAGAUGUGAGGUCCGACACUACACCGACCGAGUGGGCGGUGUUCAAGUUUGAAGGCGCCCGGAUAGUGUGCUCGGCCAGGGGUAGUGACUUCACGGAGUUCCGCACGCAGUUCUCUGAUGAUGAACGCGCAUUCGGAUACCUCAGGUUGCAGAUGGGAGACGAGAUGUCUAAACGCAAGAAAUUUAUGUUCAUGACGUGGGUAGGACCGAACGUGUCUGUGAUCAACCGAGCCAAGAUGUCCACCGACAAAGCUAUCAUCAAGGACAUCAUAUCGAACUUUGCUGUGGAGUUGCAACUUGAAAAUCAGUCUGAGAUAGACAUCGACCAAUUCAAGGAUGCACUCAAUAGGGCAGGGGGAGCGAACUACGGCACUGGCGUUAGAGAUUUAUGNAAAAAAAAAAAAUUGAAAUUAGGAAGAACUUUGCUGUGGAGUUGCAACUUGAAAAUCAGUCUGAGAUAG